AUGUGGGCCAUGACGAUACUGUUCGUUGCGUCUGCUACAGCUGAUUUGAUCAGUGCCGGUGACAUCGACGGUCCUUUACGAUUCUGCCGUGAGGGAGAGUUUUUCAAGGAAAAAGGACAAACCUGUGAACCCUGUACAGAAUGCCGUGAUCUUCUCUACGAGAGAGAAUCGUGUUCCCUGUUCAAGGAUGCCAUCUGUGGUUGGUGUGGAUCAAAAACACCUGUAAAGAAUUCGGACUUCUAUCGGAAAUGCAUUGGAAAAAAUCGUGUGAUAUUCAAUGGAAAGAAAUUCAAGCGUGAAUUCGGGAUGCGAGCAGUGAAGAAAAUCUUGGAAGAAGAGGAAAAGAAGUUCAGUGAAGAGUUAGGAGGAAUGCGACACACCGUCGUAUUUGAGGUAGUCGAAACUGCUGAACGUCUGGACAUGCAACGUCUUCCACCGCUCCCAAGCGACGUUGACUACGACGAGGAGAUUAUAGAUAAGUAUCAACUGCCGAGUUUGAAGAUUUUCGAAGACAGUCACAACAAUGACGAUAUCAACCCUCAGAUGCAUGACUUCGCUCCGAUUUCUGGUGAUGAAUUUCUGAGUGACGGAAAACCUGUACUUAAAGGGGAGAUUGAGAAAGAAAUUGCGCAAGAUGGUGUACGCGCAGUGGAUAUAAACGAGGCCAGAAUCGAUCAGGAGGAUGACAGUGAUGAAGAGCUGCUAAAUACAAACACUGGACGUGUGAACAUUGUCGCCAUAGCAGUUAGAAAAACUGCUACUCUGGAUGACUUCGAUGAAGACGAUGACUCCCAGACGACUUCCUCUCAUACAUCAGUUUGCAACACUUUCCGUUACAUAGGACUUUACGGCUACGCACUUUGCUUUAUCGUUUUAGCUGCCGUUAUUCUUAAGCGCUGCUCCAAGCCCACCCACCGCAUACCACUAAUGAACUUCACCGAAGAACAAUGUGCAAUGAUGUACCGCUGUGCUCAUCAAAUGAAGAAAUCGAAGGAGAUGGCAGCUUACGACAAUGAUGUUGCUUAUGUCUAG